CAAGGGCCAACGCGUACACGUUUAGAAGAGAAAAAAAAAACACAUAUAAUAAUAAUUUUCAAUCACCAGCAUUUUUCACGUCUAGAAGACUAAGAAAUAAUGUAAUCUUCUUUGAUUAAUAUUCUUCUCUCUCUCCAACGCUCAUUGGUACGUGAACGUCUAUCAAUGGCGGCUUUUCAACUUUCAAAGUAUGACGCUGUUCCAUUAGAAUGGUUCAAAUCCAGACCAAAAUUCACGACCUUAAUAAACAAAACCUUCUUGCACGCAUAAACCCAUGUUGGUAUGAGAUGAGAGAUUCUCGUCUCUCUUGUCGAUAAUGAAAACAAUUGCCCACAAGAUGUUUGAUUACAGGCUACUUAACCGUGCCAAGUCCCCUGUUUUCUGUAUCAUCACACUCACAACAGCUAUUCUUUCUGUAAUCUAUGUAGAUACUGUUAUUUCUAGUAUUUCUCUUCAGUCUGCUACGUUUGGAACCAAAGAGAUUUCAGAGCUGUGGAUUCAUAGGCAUGAAAUGAAAUCAACUCUUCCAUUACUCUCCACCCAAGAAGAGAUUGAAAGAAUUGAUCAGGGUCCUCUGCUUCCUCCAUUGAAUGUCACCGAAGGAGAAAGAAUUGACUGGUUUGGAAGAAAACUGCCAGAGUUUGAUAUUUUCAAGUCAAACAAUCUGACCCAAGAAUUUGACGCUCGAGUUCUUGAAUUCUUUAGCCAUGGAUGCGAAGUUCAGUUCUUCAUGACAUGGAUUGCACCUGCAAGGUUGUUUGGAAGAAGAGAAUUCUUGGCAAUGGACAGUGUUUUCAAAGUCCACCCAAAUGGCUGCCUUGUUAUUCUAUCAAAAAGUAUGGAUUCCAACCAUGGCUACAGGGCCCUGAAACCUCUGAUUGAUCGCGGGUUCAAGGUUUCCGCAAUUAGUCCUCACCUGUCCUUUCUCUUCAACAACACUCCGGCUGAAUCUUGGUUCGAUGAGAUGAGACGCGGAAGAAAAGAUCCUGGUGAGAUUCCAAUAGCUCAGAAUCUAUCGAACCUCAUCAGAUUAGCAGUUCUGUACAAGUAUGGAGGUGUUUACUUGGAUGCAGAUUUCAUCGUUCUGAAAAGUUUCAAGAACUUGAGGAAUUCAAUAGGAGCACAAAGUAUUGAUAUUGUGUCCAAGAAAUGGACCAGAUUGAACAACGCUGUUCUGGUAUUUGACAUGAACCACCCACUCCUGUUCAAGUUUAUUCAGGAGUUUGCCUCCACUUUUGAUGGUAACAAAUGGGGACAUAAUGGACCAUACCUGGUUUCAAGAGUUGUACAGAGAGUCGAAGGCCGGCCUGGUUUUAACUUCACAGUAUUGCCUCCCAUGGCCUUUUAUCCCGUCGAUUGGAAUCGGAUUGGCGGGCUGUUCAGAAAGCCAGAAAACGAAGCCAUAUCUCGAUGGGUUCGAGCCAAACUGCUUCAGCUACGUGGAGAAACAUAUGGAAUACACCUAUGGAACAAACAGAGUAGCAGACUCAGAGUUGAAGAAGGAAGUGUCAUCAGCAGAUUAAUCUUGGAUCACUGUGUUAUCUGCGAAAACAUACAUAGUUCAUAAGUAAAAUUUCUCCCCCAAUUGAGGACAUGUAAAGCAUUUAUCUUCUUCUUUCAAAUAAACAAUUGUUCCUGAUCAUCAUUGGAUUGGAAUGUAAUACAAGAAGCUGUAAAGAUGUCGGUUUUGUUUAUGAU